AUGCCAUACAAAAAUCCGAUUCUUCCAGGUUUUCAUCCUGACCCUAGUAUUUGCCGAGUUGGCGAAGACUACUACCUAGUCAACUCUACCUUCGAAUUUUGGCCGGGCAUUCCAAUUUAUCAUAGCAAAAAUCUCGUUGAUUGGAAACUGAUCGGUCACGUCUUAACAAGGAGUUCACAGCUCUCUCUCUCUGGUGUCGCUUCAAGCGGAGGAGUAUGGGCUCCAACCAUUCGUCAUCAUGAAGGAAAAUUCUACGUUAUUGUAAACGCCUUGUGCUAUUAUCAGCCUGGAAGUUGGAAGACUAGUCGAACUUUCUAUUGCUCAACAUCGGAUAUCAAUAGCUACGGCUCAUGGUCCGAGCCGAUAUAUGUAAAUCAGAAAGGCAUCGAUCCAUCUUUGUUAUUCCACGACGGCAAAGUCUACGUUACCAGCCAGGGUGUCAACAAUGACAAAGACAUCUUCUGGGGUAUAUACCAAAGUGAGAUUGACAUUGAAACCGGAAGACACUUGACGGAGAGGAAACAAUUAUGGAAAGGACAUACGUACAGAGGAACCAGCUUGGAAAGACCAGAGGGACCUCAUCUUUAUUAUAUAGAUGACUGGUACUACCUUUUGCUUGCGGAGGGAGGAACUGAGGAGAGACAUAUGGUAACCUGUGCUCGAAGCAAAGAGCCAUAUGGACCAUGGGAGGCAUGUCCUGGUAAUCCGCUCGUCCACCACUACCCACAAAGUGUUGAAGAGCAGCCUAUCCGAUGCACAGGUCAUGGUGAUUUGUUCCAAGAUCACUUAGGUGACUGGUGGAUCGUAUUUUUGGGAACUCGUCGUUAUCCCGACACAUACGAUCACUUGGGCCGUGAGACCUUCCUCGCUCCUGUAGAAUGGCAGGAUGGAUGGCCGGUUAUCAAUAAGGGAAACCCUGUAUCCCUUAAAAUGGACGUGCAUAGGUCAUUAAAGCAAGACGGUGCUAAACGUGACCUUGGCUUUGAAGACAACUUCGAUCAUGAGGAAUUGGACAAGUCAUUCAAUUUCGUCCGCAAUCCAUACCCUGAUACCUACUCACUUACCGAGCGACCUGGAUGGCUUCGAUUAAACACCUCACACAUAUCUUUGGGCCAAACAGACUCCCCAAGCUGGGUUGGACGUAGACAGCAAUCGUUCCGCGGAGAGUUUCGCACACUGAUGGACUUCAAGCCAAAAAUGAGAGAACAGGAAGCCGGUCUCACAUUGCACGCUAACGACUACGUGCACGCAGAGGUUGCUAUCACUUUCACAAAGGAGCAUGGGCGCAGCGUCUUUUCCAGAGUUUGGAGAUCGGAUCUAGAUGAUUUGGAUGAACUCAAUAUUGACAAGAAGAGAGAAAUUCUUACCUAUGAAGCUCUGAAUGACGAUGAACCUGUCGAGCUCUUCAUCAAGGCUGAGCCAACUACUUAUUCGUUUGGAUACAAAAACAGUAAAUCCGGCGAAUGCAAGGUCUUGGGCACCAUGAGUACCAAGUGGUUCAAGCGGACUCAGCCCCUUAGACUUCAUUUCACUGGAGUGUAUGCCGCUAUGUACUGUACCGAUAAUGGAUACUCUACUCUUGGCCACGCUGACUUUGACUAUUUCAAGGUGACAGCUGAAGAAGACUAG